AUGAUAAUCUCCGUGUUGUCCUGUUGGCUGCUGCUCUGCGGCUCGGCUGGCUCAAUGCUGAGCAACGAACUGGAGCGCAAUAUAUCUGGCAUGUCUAUUGGUAAUACGAGAAAUUGGAUUUUAGAGCACUACUCACGUUUCUUGCCCGCUUCCAUACCAGCUCUCUCGGAAAUUAUUAACGGACUAAAGCCUCGCCAGGUGGCCAUUUUGGUACAGCCACGGAAUCGGAACGGGAGGCCACCUAACGAUGAUACCUCAUUCGCCGAUGACAUCGUGCCGCAGUAUGUGGACAGCUUUAUUCAGCGUCUGCAUCAGCUCUACUACAAGUCUGUCAUAUUCUACGAUGUUGAACUCUUCUUUCAAUACAUCGAAGCGAAUCUUCAGGGCGCCAUCGAGUGCGUUAAUUUGAUAUUCGACGAGCCAUAUGAGCUAUCCGCACGCAUCCAGGAGCGCCGGUUGGCUCACCGACUCAGUCUCUACAUUUUCUACUGGGGAGCGCGUACUCCCCCAAAGGCAGACACCCUCCGUUUCGAAUCCCCAAUGCGUGCGGUGGUCAUCACUCGACCCAGACGCAAUGCUUUUCGGAUCUACUAUAACCAGGCGGUGUCCACUGGCGAGAGCAAUCUUCGAUUGGUCAAUUGGUACGAUGCGGAUAACCUGGGACUACAGAGGGUUCCGCUGCUGCCCAGUGCGGCAACGAUAUACUCGAACUUUCAGGGACGGGUCUUCCGGGUGCCCGUCUUCCAUUCCCCACCCUGGUUCUGGGUUAGCUACAACAACGAGAGCAGCGAGCCCACGGAACUGGACGAAUAUACGGAUGGCUUUGCUACUGAAGUCCCCUACAUUGAGCUGAAUGUGACAGGCGGCCGGGAUCAUCGACUUUUGACGCUCUUAGCGAAGCACAUGAACUUCCGAUUCGUCUAUAUUGAGGCACCUGGACGGACGCAGGGAUCGUUGCGAGCGGACGAUGGGGGCGAUAACAAUGACAGCUUCACCGGCGGAAUCGGUAUGCUCCAGAGCGGCAUGGCAGACUUUUUUCUCGGCGACGUGGGUCUCAGCUGGGAACGGCGCAAGGCCACCGAGUUCUCAUUUUUCACCCUGGCCGACUCAGGCGCCUUUGCCACGCACGCUCCGCGGCGACUUAACGAGGCAUUUGCCAUCAUGCGACCCUUCAAAAUGGAUAUCUGGCCAUAUCUCAUACUGACCAUUGUGUUCUCGGGACCCAUAUUCUAUGGCAUCAUAGCCAUUCCCUACAAAUGGCGACGUCGCGAACAACCCCCUGCACAGAUGGAUGUGGAACGAAUGGGCGAAUUAGGAGUUUAUUUGGCCUACAUUAAAGAGAUAACGCCAUGCACGGUGGCCAAAAAGCGGCAGCCGCCCACCGAGUUGCCACAAAUGCCGCAGCAACUUUUUGAACGUUGCAUUUGGUUCAUCUUGCGAUUGUUCCUCAAGCAAUCUUGCAACGAGUUAUAUCAUGGAUACCGUGCCAAAUUCCUUACAAUUGUAUACUGGAUAGCGGCCACCUAUGUUCUGGCCGACGUCUACUCAGCCCAACUGACCUCACAGUUCGCCAGGCCGGCUCAUGAGGCUCCCAUCAAUACACUGCAGCGCCUUCAGGUAGCAAUGACCCGGGAAGGGUACAAGCUAUAUGUGGAGAAGGAGAGCUCUUCGCUGGAGAUGCUCGAGAAUGGAACUGAAAUAUUCCGGCAGCUGUACGCUCUAAUGAAGAAACAGCAGCAAGGGGACCAAACUGACUUUCUUAUCGAUUCGGUGGAGGCGGGCAUAAAACUGAUAGCCGAUGGCCGGGAGAACAAGGCGGUGCUGGGAGGACGCGAAACCCUUUUUUUCAACAUACAGCAAUACGGGGCAAAAAACUUUCAGCUCAGCCAGAAACUCUACACGCGCUACUCCGCGGUGGCUGUACAAAUUGGUUGCCCCUUUCUCGACAGUCUCAAUGAUGUGCUCAUACAUCUCUUCGAAGGUGGGAUCCUGGACAAAAUGACAACGGCUGAGUACGAAGCACAAUCGCGGAUGAUCAGCAAGGAACUAAAUGCUCCGCCAAGCAAGCGGCACUCCAAGCAGUCCAAGGAGCUUGCCGCUGCUGUGUCUGCCGCCGCUGAGGAUGGGGCUACCAAUACCAACAUCAAUGCAAAAAGCAACACCAACAACGAGGCCAAGACAGAGACAGCACAAAGAGCGCAGGACAGCGAGAUGAUACGCGCCCUGAACCUGCGAAUGCUGCAAGGAGCAUUCAUCGCCUUACUUGUUGGCUUUCUCAGUGCAGCUGUCAUGCUAAUGCUGGAGCUGUUCUGCUGCCGCUUGGAUAUGGGACCAGUUCUGGCACGCUGGCGAAUUUAUUUGCAACAACGCUGGCGCAGCUGUAGAAGGCGCCUUUGCCGCUUGACGCGUCACUUGGCCGUGCGAAUCUUUGCUUUUAUAUUUGUACAUGCAAGGUAUGUUUGGCUAAGCAAAACAAAAAUGCAAUUAAUUUUUGGCAAAUUAAAAAAAAAAAAAACGUUUUUUAACACUUCUAUAGGAACUACUAAACACCAAAUUACUUUGGUAACUACUGAAAGCUAG